AUGGCGAAAACCAUGCCCAAGUUCAAGGGGAAACAUGUGAUGGGUGCAAAUGGGCGCACCAACCCUUUGGUGUGGCUGAUGGCUAUUAUCUGCACCGUGAUAGCAGUGGCAGUGGUAGUUGUAGGCAUUGUAGUGUUCAUUGGGUACAUGGUCAUCCACUCCAGAGUGCCUGUGAUAAGUGUGAACAAUGCUCACCUUGACCUUCUUAGAAAUAACUAUGCUGGUUUGCUCCAAACCCAACUCACCAUUGUUGUGACUGCAAAGAAUGGGAAUGCCGGGGCUCAUGCAACCUUCUCUGACAUCACCUUCAACAUCAGCUACCAAGGGCAGGACAUAGUUGUUCUUGUUGCAGACCCUUUUGAGGUGCCAAAGAACAGUUCAAAGGACCUCAGCUUCGUUGUUCAGUCAUCAUCCAUACCCUUAAGUCCUGAUCGGAUGGAGCAAAUGUUUAACUCGGUAUGCAUCUAUAUUGAUACUGUUUAG